AUGAGAAAGUUUCUUUUGAGCGUGCUUCUUGUGGCUCUCCUCUUCAUCCUUGUCGAUACAGUCAACGUCAACCACAAAAAAAGACAAGUAUUCCUAGGACAAGAUGAAAAAAGACAAGUACUUCGAGGAUCAGAUGAAAAAAGACAAGUACUCCGAAGACCAGGUGAAAAAAGACAAGUACUCCGAGGACCAGGUGAAAAAAGACAAGCUGAAAAAGGACAUGGUGAACCAU